UAGACAUGUCAUUUUAGGUCUUUUGUGUGUCUGUGUUUGUGUGGUGGUGGUGGUGGGGGGUCCUAAAAUAAGAAACAGGUCUAAAUCCUUGGGGCUUCAAAUUGGUAAAUAAGAAAAUAAAAAAUAUUGCAGCAUCCACAAAACCCCUUUAAAAAGUCCCCUUUGUGUCAAUCUGAUUAAUUCUCUUGGAUGAUUUGUGCCUAUUGGGACCACCAGACAUUGCUGUCCAGUGACGUAAUGUGCAUUAAAUAAUUAAUAUAUGUAGCAGAAGAAAAAUCAAUAGGAGCACAAAUGACACGGCGUAUAUAAACAGUAUAUGGAGGGAGGAGGAUGAGAAAGGAUGAGCAACGUCAGGCAGAUGGAUGGAAACCCCACCCAGGCCUGAUUCCCCGCCGCUCAGUCCGCUGAUAAGCAGCUGAGGAGGAAGUGGAGCAUUGUUUCACUGGGGCAUAUAUGGCAGAAUGAUCAACUCUAUUCAGCUUAUCGAGCAAAGACCCAGACAGCCUCAGUCGGUAUAUCUCAGAAACACCUGACAACGAAAGGAGUUGUUCCUUCGGGAUUUCAGUGUCCGGAUAGACAGAAAAAAUUGAGCCAUCCUGAAAAUGGUUCUCUUCUUCCAUUCUCCGAAUGUCCAGAAGAUUCAGAUUUGUCCACGUAAAUGCUAGUUUUGCUCGGUGGUCAUGAUUGCAGAAAACUUGUGCCGGUCCUGGAAAACUGUACUGUGAUAAGCUUUGUCGCUCAGGGGAACGCCCGUCCUGUCACAGCCAUGGAGGGUCUUGAGCAGCUUGACGUGGUGGGAGAUAUAAGCCCAGCUCUGGAGGCAACGGAGGACUUCAUCCACUGCAUGGAUCGGAUCCAGGGUCAAGGCCCAAGCCUCGCUCAAACAAGCAGCCGCCAGCCUGUGAGGCAGCCUAAGCAGCUGCAGGAAGUGUCGAGCGCGGCUCUGGGGAAGCUGAGCUCCAGCGGCGUGUGGAAUCUCCUGGCCGGAGAGCAGCCGGAGGUGGGGCCCCUCGGCCUGGCCUGGGCCGACAACUUCAGCGUGCUGGACCUGGGGAUGGGCUUGAGGCACGGCAAGAGAAGCCGAGCGCGCUCCACCAAUGACUUGGUGGCGCACAUCCAGGAGUGCGCCAACAACGCUGGAAACUCCUCGUCCAAGUCGGUGUUUAGGAAAGGGCACAAUCGGUCCAGGUCUGACGUCAACUACCGUCCGUCUGCGUACACGGACAACGGGCUGCCCACCGUGGACUGCAACACGCUGAAGAACAUGAUCCUCAACCAGCAGCAGGACGUUGACAAAAGCAGCAGCAGCAGCGUGGUGAAGCAGGGCGAGAUGGAGCAGCGCGAGGGCCCACGGGGCCGCUGGACACCCUGCUAUGUUGAGCUGACUCCCUGCGAGCUACGGCUCUACACGCUGGACAGCAGUGCCAAUCGCCAACUGGGCACUGCCUUCUCUCUGUCACACUGCCAGAGCGUCAUCGCCCCGGCACCCUGCAGCCAGUCCAGUCAGAUGAGCCAGCCCGGCGACAAGCGCACACUCCAGGCCUUGUUCUUCAACAGCACGCGUCUGCAGCUGAGGGCGGUCAACCAGUGGGAGGCGAUGGAGUGGAGGCGGCUGAUGUGGGAAAAGGUUCAGGCAGCCAGACCCGUGAGGCAGGAACACCGCAAGCAAAAGAACGGCUUGGAAAUUCAGCAGAGCGCUAAAUUUCCUGUGCCAAUGUCGCCUUCCUCGUCGCCCUCUCCCUCUGGGCUCGACACCCAACCUGACGGGGACAGCGACACGCCAACCUCAACCGAGGCGUCGCUUUCUAGCAGUUCUGGAGUCCUGAGUAGACCAACCACGCUCCCCCUGUUUCGUCAACACGUCCAGGAUGUGCUGAAAGCUGGACUUCUUCACCUGCUGAUGGAUCAGAACAACUGGCGGGCCUUCACCUUUGUCUUGACAAGGUCUGCCCUCCAAGCUUUCGCUACUGAAGGCAGGGGUUCAGUGUCCCAACCAGUCCUCCAGUACUCCCUAGCUUCCUGCUUGUCCGUACAGCAAGAUCUCGUACCGGAGACUGGAGAGUCAUGGGCGGAAAAAGGGCAGUAUUUCCAAGUGGUUUUCCACAAAGAGGUCCUCAAACUCCAGGCGGACGAUCACCUAAAAGCCCAGGAAUGGGUGGAGGCGCUGCGACAGGCGGCGAACGCACAGAAGCCCGCACAAGACGGCAAGAAAGAAGCAUACGAAGGACCUCCAGGUCUCCAAGGAGUGUUGCUGAGAUCCAAACCUUCAAGGGAUAGGAGGCAGAGGGAGGCCCAGAGAGCCAAGCGGCAGUCGGUCACCACCAGUUUCCUCAGUAUUCUCACCUGCCUGGCUGUGGAGAAGGGGCUCACCGCUCAGAGCUUUAGGUGUGCAGGUUGUCAGCGUCCGGUCGGCCUGUCCAAAGGAAAGGCAAAAGUUUGCCACUACAGCGGCUGGUACUACUGCCAGAGCUGCCAUCAGGACAACUCUUUCCUCAUCCCUGCACGGCUGCUGCACAACUGGGACACCAGUAAGCACAAGGUGUCUAAACAGGCCAAGGAGUUCCUGGAGUUUGUGUACGAGGAGCCUUUGCUGGACGUCCAACAGCUCAACCCCUGCCUGUACGAACACUGUGAAGCUUUGAGCACGGUGCUGCGUCUCCGGCAGCAGCUCCAGUCGCUGAGGGCCUACCUGUUCAGCUGCAGGGCAACCAUUGCUGAAGACCUCAGGCGAAGGAUUUUUCCCAGGGAAUACCUUCUACAGCACAUUCACCUGUACUCUCUGGCUGACCUGCAGCAGGUGAUUGACGGGAAGCUGGCGCCCUUUCUCUCCAAGGUGAUCAAGUUUGCCAGCUCGCACGUCUUCAGCUGCAGCCUGUGUCGAGAGAAGGGCUUCAUCUGCGAGCUGUGCCAAAACGGACAGGUCAUCUACCCCUUUCAGGAGAACGUCACCCGGAGGUGUGACGGCUGCGGCGCUGUUUUCCACGCGGAGUGUCGGCAGAAAGCUCAGCCGUGUCCCCGCUGCGUGCGCAGAGAGCUCCACCACAAGAAGCCGGCGUCCUUCUGGUCCCCCGACGACGACAGCCCCGGCUGCUUUCAUCUCCCUUACCAAGACACCUGAGGUCCAGGAGGAAAACGGGCCGCCGCCAACCAGGACAAAGUGCCUGUGCUUCUCAUUUAUGUAUCUGCAGGUUGGAGCUCGCCGCAGCUUUGGCCACCAGGCAGAUGUAGCUGCCGAACUCGCGCCCGAGCUGAGCCUCCUUUGUUACACUCUAGCGAAGGAGAAAAGAAUCAGCUGCUGCGUAAGGCUUUACAGGCCCAAGCACUCGUCAUUUCUUAGUCAAGUCUUCUCCUUUAAUGCAACCUCUCCCACUUUCACUUACCUCCGACUCCAGGUUAAACACAGCAAAUCACAGCUGAUAACACUAGAAAGAUGAACCGCACAAACGUGGCUGCUUGUUGGAAUCUCUUAGAGAUGAUUUCUUGUUUUUCUUUCUUUUUUUGUCCACAUACAGGAAGUUGGAAUUAAGCACAAAAUCUGCUGCUUUUCUUCUGCUGACACAAGGAGGCUAUUGUUGCUUUUUGCUCCUAUUUCAUACUAAAUUGCUAAAUAAUGGAGAAAAAUGUAUUAUUCUAUUGUGGAUUAAAAAAAAAUCUUAAUGUAUCAGCUCUAAAGUGCUACCCAGAAUAUUCUUGCACACCGUAGCAUCUAAAGUAUGCAGAGAAUAAGACAUUUGAAAUCAAAUAACUGCGUGAGUUAUGUUUGUGUGUUUGUCUUGAAGCAAUAUUCUGGUGCUCUGAGGAAUAAAGAAGGUUGCUUGGUUGUAAUCUUCCUCCUCUUCUUACUCUGCAUUAAACGGGUCAUACGCCGUCCUGAAAAAGUAUGUAGAUCGAUUUAAUCGGUUUUACUAGAGUGGAAAGAUCAAGAAUUUUUACAUUGAUUUCUGGUUAAAUGAAAUUGAUCUUUGGUUUGCCAUAUCACAAGCUGGGUUGAUAAGUGUUUGAGGUACUAAUAGGAGUGCACAGAUAAAUGGAAACUCUUUCAGAAAUGUAAAUUGAAAUACGCGUAAAUACCUACGCUUUGAUCAAGGUUUAAAACUGGUCCAGUGGUUCUCCAACUAUCCGGUUUAGAAACCACACCAGUCAUUGGAGCUGCCUUUUAUGAAUUUGUAAUAACAGAUUUAAUCAAACAGAUCCUGAACUGUGUUUAAAAAGCAACGUUUUAUAAUUAAGCUAAUUUAAGUUGCUCAGUCUGCCAAAAAAAAAAAAAUCUGUGAAGUAGCCUUUAGCACAUGGCUAAUUAAGAAAUCCCAAGUGUUUAGUGCGCAAAUGUCCAGAAUGUUCUAAAAUUGCAGAAAACUAUUUGGAUAUAUGCAUUUGGACAAGAAUGAGAGUUGAAGACUUGAACAUUUCUAGAAAGAAAAAAAAUCCUUUAGGAUACCGUCUAAAUUUGACAUCAUUGCAGAUGAUGGAGAGUACUUCCAUUGACACGACUUGUUUCUAAUAUGACAUUUCACCGUAUUUAGAUAUUAACUAAUAAGAAUUUGGGGCUGAUUUCUGACCUCUGGUUUUUGUCAACCUUUUACCUGCCAUUCAAACAUUUUUUUUAUAGAAUUCAAUUAGCGUGGUUAGCUCAGCUAGUUAAAAUAAAGCAGUAUUGUCUGGAUGUGUAUCAUAGUAAAUGUAGAUCCUUACCUUUACUCUGACAUUUCCAAAAGCUUUCCAGCAUUUUUCCCUCCACAUUCCAUGAGAAAAGUAGAAACUUUGCGGGAAUACAUCCGGCCUUCCUGUUAUCUGCUGAAAGUCUUGCUCUCUCUCACUGCCUGAAUAUAGAGCAGAUGUGUAUCGGCGUGUUAUAGAAAGCGCUGUUUGCUUUUCAAUAGCUUCUUAUCUCUAACUUUGUCACUUGAUCUUAAUAAAUCAAAGUAAUAAUUAAAAGUAAUUAUCAUUAAUUGUCAUAAUCACCCACAAAUCAAAUCUAUAGUUCUGAUUUUUCAGGUGACAAUAACCCACUAGAAACUGCUUGAAGAACACAGGCCCCUCUAUCCUUUUGCUUCAACCAACUUUUCAUGAAAGUGAUCCGUUGCGUAGAUUUUUAAUAAAAGAUCUUUGUUCAACUCGCUUUCCUCCGUGUAAAUGUGAAAAUGCAAUUGGACUUUGAUCUAAAAGUUACUGACUGGGCACAUUGUCCUGACUGGAAGAUAAAGCGGGCAAUAACUUACCAGGACUCCUUCUCUCAUUGCUGCCUUCACCUCCCUUCUGCCUCUCCUGUGAUUCUACUUCCUGUUGUGCUUUACUCAUGCAUAAUCUAUCAGACGUGAUAGCAGCUUUAGCUUUUAGUGUCUCUAUGCAACCUAGAUGGCCUUUAUAACCCCCCGUCCCUCCACCCACCUGCACACACACACACACACACACACACAUCCACCACUUUUUGGGUAGUUUGGGAAAUCCUUGACAACGGGGGGAAAGAAGGUAAUUUUCAGACUUAUCAUUUUAAAUGCAAAUUACAACAAAGCUCCAGCCGGCAAGGGAGGAUCAACAUAUGGGUUUUAUUGCGGGGGGGAAAAAUUCUAAAAAAAACAAUCCACAAAAGCUGUAAAAAGGAAUUCGUAGACCGCUGUUGCUGCUUUGGAGCUGAAACAGGAGAAUUUCCUGUACCAAGAGAAAGCUAGCUGCUGGUGGCACCGCCUCCCCGUUUUUCUUUCUUUCCAAUAAACGGAAACGUUAGCGCUUUGCCAUUCUGAUCUGCCUGUCCUUAUUGAACCUCACUUUAUUUGAGCCAUAAAACAUGUCGGCUUUGAAACUCACAGAUGUGAAAAUCACUGUUUUGUUGUUUUGUUUUUCCCAGGAGCUGCUGCGUAUUUUGUCGUUUUGUGCCGUCAACGUUUUUGUCGCUUCCUACCCGACUUGCUUUGUUCUGAACAAGUCUCCAUUUAUCUCCACUUUGACAACCAAUGAUAAGUAAUUAUCUACAGGCUACUGGAAGAAGAAUGUAGUUAAAUGAGUCCCACUGAAAAAAUAUCUACAAGCAGUAGAAGUCACCUAGUUGCUUUGGUUUCAUCAGGGAUCAUAAUCUGUCUCAUUUUAAGUCAGUAGGUCUUAGUUGGGGAUCGCAACCAAAAUAGGUGGAAGCUGUUUUCUAACAAUUAGAUAUACCGGUAGUCAAAUUAUCAUCAGAUUUAAGGAUUUAUUAAUGAUUUAUUUAAGCUAUGGCACAAAUUGCGAAAAAACACAAAUGAACUGCUAACGUAUGGGUUUGGGACUUGGAUACGGAAAGAUGUGUUUCCAUGUACCGAACGGAAGAUGCCAGGGAUGAAAUGAAAGAGAAAAACUACAAAAUGGCAAACAUGCUUGUUUUUCCUCAAGCCUAUCGCAUUUCUUUGCUUUAUUUUCCCCAUCUGAAGUGAAUCAUUUGCUUUUCAAAAAUAAGGUUUAAUUGUACCUCGCUGAAUGAUCAUGCUGCAAAAAGAUAAGAAAAUGUCUUUGUUUUCUGACUGCAUUGUUUCGUUGAAAUCGUGUUAUUUAUUUGUGCUUGGGAGCCUGGCAGGUCUCAGGGAGGGUUUCUGUGUGUGGACGUGUUUACACUAAUUGAAUUCAGCAUUAAAAGUAAGCCAUCAGCAUCAAACUCAGUUUGAAGGACCAAACCCUUAUAGCUUGUUGUCAGAGCCCCCCAUGCUCAUUACUUAUUUAUUACGAGAUGAACUAUUAUCAUUAGAAAAUCGACAUUCCAGUGAAAUGUGUUCAGGGAACUCUAAUCUGACGAUAUAUUUCAGUUUCAUCCAAAAUAAAACAGUUUUCAGGAUACAUAUUUCCAGGUUUGAAAUCUUAGUGGAACCUCACAUGGACAGAGUCCAUUUAUUGCACAAUGUAACAAACUACUUGAGUAUAUUUCCCAGUAUUAGAGAACAAUGAUUGGAGCGCUCGCAGAGAACCCCCAAAUACUUGCUGGGCUCCUUAGUUUGCCUCCGCAGCAAAUGAUGCUCAAGUUGAGCAUCAGAUCUUUUUACAAGUUUUCAUUUAUUUAUUUAUUUUUAUGUUCAUACUUUUGUGUUUUUAGCAAUGUUUGUGAUUUUUGUCGCUGUAGCACUAUUUCUUUUUUAGGGUACUGUAACAUGUCGUGUGUUUAAUGUUUCAUUUGACUAUGAAUUGAAGCUCCUGAACAUACCAUGACUGAAACCUGCACUGGUGUUGUUUUCAGUUUGCUGCAGGAGAUGCUCUGUAUGCUUCAAGCACAUUGUUACAUACAAAUACAUUAUACGGUAUUUAAGGAGCGUAAGUGGACUGAAGCUCUGUGAUCUUUUUAAGGGAUUUUUGUUACAGUUGUUUUUGUUCCGUUUGUUGUUUUGCAGCCAAAGUCUUAUGCAAGCCCAUGAAGUUUGUUUUUGGUGCAUUCAGCUCAUCCUCAUGUCUGCUUCUGUUUGAAUUGAUCCACUGAUGCCAAUAAAAACAAACUUAUUAAUAUCAAA